GGCUGCCAUCCAGCGAUCAGGCUGGCGAGAAGGCGAGGUGGGUAGUCUGAGUGAGCAUGGUGGCGCGAUUGCGCGACAAAGGGCAUCAUGCGCCGGUGUACAGUGACAUCGGGGAUCAGUUCACCGUUGAGGUUCACCAUGGGGUUUUUUUUGUUGGUCAUGGUAAUCUAAAGAGAUAUGUUGAUGGAAAGGUGGACUUUUUUGAUGAUUUGGAGGCAGAUACAUGGUCCCCGCUCUGGUUUGAUGACUUUGUACAAUAAUUAGACUACCAAAAGGAUGACAUGCUUAAAUUUUAUUGGUUGUUACCUGGUAAAAGCUUAUCAGAUGGUCUUAGAAUCAUCUUAGAAGACAAAGACACCAAUGCCAUGGCUGCCAUAGUGAGCAAGAUCAAAAAUUUUGUAGUGUAUUUUGAUCAUGAUGACUGCGCCUUUGGAGUUAAUUGGGACGAUAUUAUUGCUAAUCCAGUUGAUGAACUUCCUAAAGUGCAACAUGUGGGUAACAAGGUCUGUGAGAAGCUUCCAGUGUUCAGAAAAGAGGGUCGUUUCCAAACCACUGAAGGUGAAUCAAGUGGUCCUAGAGACAACAAUAGUGAUGAAUUUUUUGAUAGUGAAUAUGAAAUGGAGGAUGGGGAUCAAGACAUCUUGGAAACAUUUGCUGAUGCUGUUGAGAAUGAAGCACCUAUGAGAGAUGUUGAUGCUAGUACAACAGCUAAAGGCAACAAGAAAACUAAAGGCAGCAGGCUGAAAGCUUUUGAUGUGAGCAGACCUGAUAUAGUGUCAGAAGAAGAAGACACUGAUGACGAGGGCCUUGACCUAUCAGAAUGUGAUGAUGAGGGAGAAGGAGGUCACACGUUCAAGUCAUUCAGAGAUGAAGACAUGCAGAAGCCUGUAUUUUCAGUUGGUCUUGUGUUUUCUUCAGUUGAGAAGCUUAGAGAAGCCAUCAAUGCAUAUAGUGUCAGGAACAGAGUUGACAUAAAGCUGCCAAGAAAUGAUAGGACAAGAGUCAGAGCUCAUUGUGCUGAAGGAUGUCCAUGGAAUCUUUAUGCUUCAUGGGACAGUAGGGUGAAAUCUUUUGUAGUUAAAACCUACUAUGGAGGUCACACAUGCCAGAAAGAGUGGAAAGUCAGGAAGUGUACUGCUAGAUGGAUUGCUGGUAAGUACUUGGAAUCUUUUAGGGCCAAUGAUAAGAUGAGCACGAUCUUCCUCAGAGGAAUCAUGGAAGAGGAAUAUGGAGAAGAUGAAGACCUUAGAUGUUGA